AUGGACGCUUUGGUCAAGACAGAGACCAGCCUUGCCAUGCAUCCUGCUGCCACACAUGCGAGGCUUGCUGGGAUCGAAUACAAAGAAAUGGCAAGGCCCACGGACAUGAACAUGAGGGUGUCCUUUUCCACUCGCUUGCGUGCCCACACUUUUGCUCAGCGCGAGGUGUCGUACCUGUUUGCCUAUCUCCGGUGGCAUCUUACCCUGGAGGAAAUUCGGGAACAUCUCUUGAGGGCGGGCACCUUGACGCCAAUAUGGAUUGAUUUGCUGUUCACAACUCCGGUCUUUAGACUCUUCGGGCCUGAGCACGUGGGAUUAUCGCUGCACUGCAGGAGGCGCGACGAAUAUCUAAUGCCGUUGAUCAAAAUGGUUUGCGCUUGGGGUCUUCUGAUCCAGUUCUGGUGGCCCGUCGACGAGCAGGAAUUGGAGAUUAUGUACAUGGUAUUGGGGACAGCCGUUCCAGAUCAUGACACGCAUUCCAUCACCAGACGAAUGACGGAUUCCUUUGCCGUAUAUCGACCGGAUGUACGUCCAGAGCAGGAAGGAGACGAAGGCAUCCUGUCGAUGAACACAUUCUUCCGCUGGCACGAUGCAGAGGAUGCUGUGGCCCUGAUGCGUGCCAAUUGCCCAUCGUGGACUCCGACUGAUGAGGAGGUGAUCACGGAAGGCCCUGCAUGCGACGUGUAUCUGUGGGUGCGGGAUGGCGAUUACCUUGUCAGGCAUCUAGUUUCACCUGCAUCCGCACACAACGUCCUCCUCGCGUAUGAUUUUCACCAUCUUAGGAUCAAUCUUCGAAGACGCGAAAUCGAUGUGUACGGCAGUUGGGGUCUUCCACCUCAUAGCGGCCCUCGUCGACCUGCUCCUCCACAGGGCGCGGUGGCGGGCUUUGCCAGCUGUGAUCCCGACAUCGUCGACGCAGAUUAUGGUUGGGAUGCGGAAGGCGACGCCAUGCAUGAACCCUUACUCCUGCCUCGGCAUCCCAACUGCGGUCAACCGCAAUUCGGGUUCACCAGUGAGGAGUGGAGGUCAUCGAUCGACCAUUUCAAGAUCCAUUCUCGCUAUCAUUCUCACUUGGUGGAUUGCUCGAGAGACUUCACCUGCGGAUACAACUACGGCAACACCAUCCACUGGCGCGGGGAUAUGACAAAUGGCCCGCUGCAGCCAUACGAUCUGGACAGGCUGCUUUACAUAUACGGUGGGAGCAAAACCGCUCCCAAUGGCUUGAUGUUUGGUCAGGACAUCGCGCUGGUUGCCUGGUUGCGCGAUUAUACACGGUACGUCAAGAUCCACACCAGCGUUGCCAACUUGCCGCUGGUGGUUCAUGACUGGAACUUCGAGUUCCAAUUGAGUCAGGUCGGUGCCGGGCGGUUGACUUGUCACAUGAUGAAGUUAACGCGCGAAUUUGAAGAUAAUCUCCACGAUCAAUUUCAGGAGGCUGCCCCUUCGGCCUGCUUGAUUCUUAAGAGCGCCGUGUCCACAAUGCAGGUGGUGCGUUAUCUCCAGGAUCAUCCACCUGUGGAGGGCUGCAAUCCGGUCACUGGCUUGGCUCAACACCUCUUGCACAACGGCGUCGCCUGCCAACUGGCAUAUGUUCGUGACACGUCCAACAACGAGCCGGAGACGCCCAGGCAGUCCACUAGGCACAGCCUGCCGUUCAGAAUCCGGGAUACAUGGCUUGGGAACACGACCGCAAAGGAUUUCAGGGCAUGGGAAUACAUCGUCAUGGAGUUCUUCAAGAUGAAACGCGCAAGGGCGGCAUUGAUGAUGGGUGGUCUGAUAUGGCGCAUCACGUUGGAAUAUGGCCCCGCCGGCCUGCUUGAGUCUGGGGCAGCAGGGCCCUCUGAAGAUCAAAAGGCUUGGGCGGCAUUUGCAGUGGAUACCAACGGUGCACGAUACGUGGACGAUAUUCUGUCGCCGGAAGAGCAGCACCUGGCCCAUAAGAAACAGAUUGACGAACUAAUGAAUGUGAUAGCUGAGAUGUCUGAAGAACCCAAUAGGAAGGCUGUCGAAGUCCUAAGCACCCGCAUAUUGAAAGGAUUCCUCGUCCGGGUCAGAAUCCGACGGAUCAUCGGCAAGCAGUUCGUUCAGCGUCCAACGAGCAAAUCCUGGACGCCCGAGAAGCCGAGUACGGCGCCACGGGUGUCCAGAGGCCCGCGUCGCCCUCAGCUAAUCAAGGGCAGACAAGCGAAAGUGGAUUGCUACUCGAUUCCAGACCCCAUUCACAAAAAGUUCCAAGAAGGGUGGACGUCUCACAUCCCAUUGAACUAUCUCACCGACAAAGCCGUCGCCGAAUACGGAUGCAAUACGUCUUCGCUCAUGACAGACAUGUACGCCGUUGAUCCUACCAAAGGUCUCAUACAGGCGGAGAAGAUCCUUCCGUCGGCCGGCGAGCUGAAGCUGUCGUUUGGCAAAUGGUACCAGGCCUGGAAACGCCUGUUACAGCUCAUCAAGGUUUACUUCCAAGCGGAUUAUCCGCGCUGGAAGAAGCACUUCGAGCGAAUAUGCCGCACGGACGGGGCUACGUCCGAGAACUGGUCCCUAUGGCUGGCCUACAAUGCAAAAGUCCGGCGACGAUGUCACCUGGAAGGGAUCGAUCCGGGCACGUUCCACAGGAACAUUUGGAGGAAGAUCGAGCUGGCGUACAUCAAAGCCCAAGUUAUGGCUUCCCUCCAGCCCUUUCAGACCCAAAACGCGACACGGAGCGCAGGCACGAGAGUGGAACAGGCACCGAAGGCCUCGGCCGGACGAGCGCAGCCAUUUGUACCCAAGACCAUCGACUCCAGGUGUUUCGUCUGCGGCGGCAAAGGACACAGAGUGUUGUCCUGCAGAGCGGACUCACUCGUCAAUGGCCAGCUGCUCGUCCUCAUCAGAGGCGACAACCGCACAGUUCGCAAUGUCAAAGGGAGGCAGUACUGCUUCUUCUUCAACAUGGCGGGAGGAUGCUCGAGGAAAUACGCCGGUUAUUGUCUGAAAGGCGACCAUAGAUGCUCACUUUGCGGAGGCGUCAACCCCAGAGCGCAGUUGUGCGCCGUCGUCGCCUGA